AUGGAAUUCGGAGUGAUCGACGCCAAUGUCGUGCUAUCGAAUAUCGCGGAAUGUAAUGUGGACGACGAUAAUAAAAACGGAGAUAACUUAGACGGUCUGAUCGCCAAAUUCGAGAACGUCGAAUAUUUAGACUUGAGUUGUUCGAGUAAGUAGCCUUUUUUAUUUUAUUUUAUUUUAUUUUUUUUUUAAUAUUACUUUUCCGUAUAAAAUAACGAAUAGUUUAAAUAUUAUUCAGAUGGUGUCCUGUUUUAAUUCCUAGAAAAUUAGCGUGAAAACAAUUAUUUUCAACCGAAUAACACGGUACACGAUAAGGAAUCACAAUCAGCACGGUAACUAUUAUUCCUUAUCUUCUAUUGAAUGUUAAUUGUUUUCACGCCUAUCUUCUAUGUAUUAAAACAAUAUAAAUAAGAAACUAUUAAUUGGAUAUGAAUGUAAUCGUAUGUUACACUAACAUUUUUAGAAUAUUUUUUUCUAAAUGGUUAUUUUAAAAAUGUUGAAAAGUAAUGAAAUAAAGUUUUAAAAAAAAACUCUUGUGAAAACGUUAUUUGUAUACUUACAUUAAAGUAAAUACAUUUUGUAAAUAAUUAGAAAAAUAAAGAAGUGUUACGGACUCUGUCCUUCAUGUGUAAAGUUUGUUAAUUAUAAAUUAAGAAUUUCACGCAACAAGAUAUGAAAUCGGUCGUCGCAUUAAGUGUACGCACGUAAGGGCCAUUAUUAAUGGUGUGGUAAACCGAUGACGUUCCCAUGCAAAAACGGAUGAUACGUGUUCAUGGGCCAAAGGGAAAGCGUGUCCAGGUACGGACGACGUGCCACCAGUAGAAAACGGCGGCAGCGUCCACCACCACUUAGGCUCCGUUCGAGGCUACAACCAUAUAUAAGGAUACCGGAAUCAUCACCAAAGGGGACUUGAACUCAGUCAGGGGCCGAGACAGCUAAACCUCCACCGACGCACGAGAAGGAGGAGCACCGUCACCUCGACGCCAACCCGUUCAAUCAUUUCUUUAGUGUACUUACAUCUGAUAAUGGUUGUAAGUCUUGACCCGGGUCUGGUGUCGUACGGUUUUCACUUAUAAAUAUAAUAUGUCAACCGUGUUUUGUUUAAAUUCUAAUAAAAAUCAUUUGUAAGCCUAAAUGCACUUAUACAUCUUCCCAUUAAAAGGCUUUGUCCGAAUAACCCGUAACAGAAGUUUGACAUAUUAUGAUUUAAUGUAAAGUUAAAUUUUAUUAUCCGUGAUAAAUACACCACCAAAAAAUGACAAGGGAGGAGGAGGCGAUCCACCCACCUCAACCACGCCACUUUGUACAUAGUUACUUCAUACCUAUAUUUUGUUUUUAAUGCUGUCCAUUUAUGUACAGAAAUACUACAUAUAACCAACUUGAGUUUGAUAUCUUCAUGCAAUCUCACUUCCUUAAAACUGUCAGUAAACCGAAUCGAUACAAUUAGCAAUCUCGAGUCCUUCACGAAUCUCGUCGAAUUGGACCUGUCUCAUAAUCACAUUAAACGCAUCGAAAACUUACAGGUAAAAUCCGAUUUUACACACUCCGAGUUAAUAAUAAUAGUUAAUAAUAAUUAGUUGAUAUUAUCAUUAAAUUAUUCUUAACGCUAAAUUAAAAAAAAGAGCUAAUACCGGAAACGAAUUUGUCACUGUUAUAUGUGGGAAGUUGGGAAGGUAUAAUACAUAAAGUUAAUUAACUUAUAUCUGUAUUUUUACCACUAAGUACAAAUUAUAAUGAACUCAUGUUAAGAUUUCAAUCAUUUCUGUUAAAUCAAACAAUGAUAUUUAAGUAGUAUCUACCUAUAAAAACUACGUACAAAUAUCAUAAACAUAGAAUUUCUAUAAAUAGCUCAAAAAUUGCUAAACAUUUUUUUUAAAUUGUACUACAUUUACAAUGUAAAUGUAAAAAAAGGUAAAUAUAAGUUAUUUAUUUCGAAUCUCUACGAAUAUUUUUAAUUGAUUUACAACAACAAAAAACAGAACUGAAAAUAACAGAAUUAUUAUUUUAGUAAAUUUCCCCGUUCUUUCUACGAUUUUAGAUUGUGAGUGAACUUAAGAAUCUUAUGGUUAAGCUCUUAAACUUUAUUUCCUGUGGACAACUUUUUUACCUGUGAUUUUGCUCCGAUUUUUAAGUGUAGUAUCUUUUCUGAGACGAAAUUUGACUGAGAAGGUACUUUAUCGAAAUCAUUUUUUGGUUGUUCAAAAUGGGAAUAACCAGGGGAAAAUGGAGGAAAAACGAAGAAAAAACGGAGGAAAAAUGGAAAAACGUACGAAAUGUAACUAUUUAUUGAAAAAUAUUUUGGCCUUUUUUCUCUGUGAACAAUUUUUCUACAAGCAAUUUUGCUCCGAUUUACAAUAAUAGAACUUUUUAUGAAAGGAAAUCUGACUAAGAAAGUACUUUAAAGAGGUCAUUUUUUUGAUUUUCAGCAAAUGAGAAAAACUGAAAAAAAAAGAGGAAAACGGGAAAUCGGUUCAUUAAACAAAUAAAAAAAGAUAUAAAUAUAUCAUUAUUAUCAACUGAACUCCGCUCAGAAUCGUUUUGUCAUUAGCGAUGUUUUAUCGUUCCUUACAGGAUAGGUCUACAUUAAAUUACCUACAACAGUGACUGCACCGAAUCCUAGACGUCCUAUUAUUCUAAAAACUACAAAGAAACUCAAAUAAUGACAUUUUUAUUCACGAACUAGAUUAAAAAAAAAAAACAAUAAAAAAAUAGACGGACAUAUUUCGCAUGUAGGUGAGUCACUGUUGUAGGUGAAAAGUUAGGAAGAUAGUGGGGAAAUUCAAUUUAUAUCUGCACGCGACGAUUAAUCAUUGCUAAUAAAAAGAGUUCGGAAUCAGAGUUCGGUUAAUAGUUUUGCUUUAUCAACAAUAUACAUGUCACAUUAUGGUAAAAUAAUUAUAUAUGCAUUCUGUAUUUUGUUUAAUAUUGUAUUAUUUAUUGGGAAAACUCUUGGGAAAACGAAAAAUGACCUCCCUAAAGUACCACCCCCAGUCAGUUUUCCAUUCAGAAAAAGUGCUAUCAUUGUAAUUCGGAACAAAAUUUCUGGUAAAAAAGUUGCUCACAAGUAAAAGGAAGGCCGUAAUAUUUUUUUUACUAAUAUUUAUAUUUCGUACAUUUUCUCGUUUUUCUUCCCCUGUUUUUCCCAUUUAUUAUGAAACCUACUUGAAAUCUGAAUAAAUGAUUCUCUUUGUAAGCACCAAUAUCCAAAAUUCAUCAGAAAAGAUCUUACUUUAUUUUUCUAUUGAAGUAAUAUUUCUGGUAGAAACGUUGAUUAUAUCUUGUUUGGAUUGAAAAUAAUUUGUCUGUCUGAUUUCGUAUUAUAAUUUAUUAUAUUUUAUUUUAUAUGUUAUACAAACCGAACAGAAUAUACAAUGUUUUAAUUUAUUAUUUUUAAGGGGAUGAUAAAACUGCGACGCUUGAUUUUGAAUCACAAUCCGUUGAGGAGCGUACAAAAUUUGGAUGCUCAACAAAAUUCGUUGGAAAUGUUCGACGUAGGAUAUUGCGAAAUAGACGAUUUAAAAUUUGUACGAAUGCAUAAUAAAUAAUAUUUAAAUUAUUUAAUUUUAUAUGUAUAAUAUUUAUUAUACAUACAGAGUGUGAUUUGAAAAUUUCCUAUGUAAUUGCAUAUUAUAGGAAAUUGUCAAAUCCUGCAGAUACGCCUUGCGUAUUAAUUUUACGUGUAAAAUUGUUUGUCGAUAAUAUUUUUGUAUAUCAAUUUUGCACGCUGACGCAGACUACAUAUUUGAAACAAUUUCCCAAUCUCGUGUCGUUGACGGUCGAAGGAAAUCCAUUCCGAACGGAACCGGCGGAUUCCGAACGAACGUUUGUCGUGUCCAUAUUGCAAUCGUUGUUGGUAUACAACAAUAAAACAGUAACGACCGAAGAAAAAAGAGAAGCCCUCAAAACCUACAGGUUCGUAAACAAUGCGUUUAAAAUGUCUAUAAAAUCUGCACAUAUAUGCCAAGAAUGA